AUGACUACACGUGGAUUUUUGAGGAGUGCAUUUGAUAGCUGUGUGUAUCACAAGAAGAUGUCUGGUAAUUCUAUGAUUUAUCUAUUACUGUAUAUUGAUGAUAUGCUUAUUGCUACUAACAACAUGACAGAGAUAAAUAUUUUAAAGAAACUGUUGAGCAAGGAAUUUGACAUGAAGGAUUUAGGAGUUGCAAAUAAAAUUGUUGGAAUGGAGAUUUCAAGAGAAAAUGAUGUUGUACAUAUUUCUCAAAAGAGGUACAUCGAAAAAGUUCUUGAGAGAUUCAAUAUGCAUAUGAGCAAGCCUGUACAUGGCAAAUCUAGGAAAAAGGCACUGGGAAACUGUCAAGUUAAUAUUGAGAUAUCUCAAAGGAGCUCCUGUUGUUGGCCUAACAUUCUGAAAAGUGAAGGUAUUUCGAUUCUCGGUUAUGUUGAUUCUGACUAUGCAGGGGAUCUUGAUAGAAGAAGGUCCACAAUUGGAUACAUUUUUACUCUCGUUGGCAAUGCCGUUAGUUGGAAAUCUACUUUACAGUCGAUUGUUGCUUUGUCUACAACAGAGGCAGAAUAUAUGGCAGCAACGGAGGCAUUGAAAGAAGCUAUACGGUUGAAAGGUUUGGUGUUUUUAUUUGGUUUGGUCUCGAUAUUUGUUAAUAUUGAAGGUCGUAGUAUCUCUCAAUUCUUAAAUCAAGAAUCACAAGGAACCAAAUGGGCUGUCCUGGUUGCUGGUUCCAAUGGCUGGGAUAAUUAUAGGCAUCAGGCUGAUGUGUGUCAUGCUUACCAAUUACUCAAGAAUGGAGGUCUUAAAGAUGAGAACAUCAUUGUAUUUAUGUAUGAUGACAUUGCUCACAAUCGAGAAAACCCCAGACCUGGAGUAAUCAUCAAUAACCCACAUGGCAAUGAUGUUUACAAAGGUGUCCCAAAGGAUUAUGUAGGUGAAGAUGUUAAUGCUCUAAACUUUUACAAUGUCAUCCUUGCAAACAAAAGUGGUAUUGUUGGAGGAACUGGAAAAGUUUUGAAUAGUGGUCCAAAUGAUCAUAUCUUCAUCUACUAUACUGAUCAUGGUGGCCCUGGAAUUGUUGCAAUGCCAAGUGGAGAAUUGGUUUAUGCAAAUGAUCUAGUUAACGUGUUGAAAAAGAAGCAUGCUUCAGGGACGUAUGACAGACUGGUGUUUUACUUAGAAGCCUGCGAGUCUGGAAGCAUGUUUGAUGGUCUUCUCCCCGAAGGACUUGAUAUCUAUGUCAUGACUGCAUCGGAACCUAAUGAAGACAGUUGGGCGACAUAUUGUGGCGAGGGUACUCCUGAAGAGCCCUGCUUGGUUCAGUGUUCCCCUCCCGAGUUUCAGGGUGUCUGCUUGGGAGACUUGUAUAGUAUUUCUUGGAUGGAAGAUAGUGAUAUACAAGAUCGAACAGCUGACAGCGUGCAAGGGCAGUAUAGUAGAGUUGCAAACAGAACUGCAGCCAACAUAACACAUGGUAGCUAUGGCUCUCAUGUCACAGAAUACGGUGAUAUAGUGGUGAGUUUUGAUUCUCUUGCCGCGUAUAUGGGUGAGAAUUUCAAAAAUCACAGUCAUGACUCUGUGGAUGCCAAAUCAUUCUCGACAUCAUCAUCAAGGAAUGUGGAUCAGCAUAGUACUGAACUUUUCUAUCUGUUCGCCAAACACCGAAAGGCUCCUGAAGGCUCCAAUGAGAAAUAUGAAGCUCUUGUGAAACUAAAUGAAGUUAAGUCACAGAGAAGUCAAGUGGACUACAAUGUAAAACAUCUGGGGGAGCUUCUUUUUGAUGUUGAAAAAGGUAACGAGGUACUAAACAGUGUUCGACCUGCCCGACAACCACUUGUUGACAACUGGGAUUGCCUUAAGUCAUAUGUCAAGAUAUUUGAGGCACAUUGUGGAAGAUUAACAACGUAUGGAAGGAGACAUGUACGUGGUAUCGCCAACAUCUGCAAUGCUGGGAUUACGAAUGAGAAAAUGGUUGCUAUGUCUGCACAAGCAUGUUCAAGUUAGUAGAGAAUACUGCGAAGGAGCAACUAUACUUCUGUUUAGUUGAUAGCUACAUUCAGAAAAAGGCUGCUUAGAAUUGCAGAUCUUUUCCCAGUAUUCAUGUACUAAAGCUUUAUUUUCUCAAUAAUGAUGGCCUUUUGAUAUUUUUAUGCAUUUACCAGUAUUGUUAAGUUCCAUCCAAGUUCAAUUUUGUUUGUUAAUUUGGAUGAAAUUGAUGAAGCCUUUAGCCGCUACUGCAUGCAUAU